GAAGAAGACGCUGCCCACCGAGCGGGUCACAAAGACGCCCUUGUUGAGGACAGACGUCGCAAUAUGUAUUUUCCAGCUCGUCGACAUUGACGACGCCAACCUUUUGACCGACAUUAAGGCAGGCGACGAGUGCUCGGUGACAGUGGAGAAGCGCACCUUCACCAGGGUGAAAGGGCGCAAUGGGUCGUCUGGGUCCCCAGCUCUACUGCGGUGCGGCACUCUGUUCGGAGACCAGAAUAAAUUUCGUCAGAAAUUGUUGAAGUGGUCAAAUGCAGGGGGGUGUUCUGCGCCAUGGGCGGCAGUGCACAUGCCAGAUGAAGUCGACCUCAAGGUUGUCAACAUGCCACUGGAAGCAGCGGCGCUCCCCCACAACGACAACACGCUGAACGUAAAGUUCAAGGACGACGACGACAUCUAUGAGAAGUUGACCAUGCUCGAGACGUGGGGGCACGCUAAAGUCGUUGAGAUGACGGACAAAAGCUCCCACUGGAUAAUGACUUGGGAGGGGCUGCAGCUGUGCAACGUGAUCACUUCCAUCAGCAACCCUGUCUUAGCUUUGAAGGAGAGGGUCGGCAGGAGCAUGGCCCUGCACUCAGGGUGGGAACUGUGGACGCAUCUGAUCGGAGAAGGCUGGACCGCCAAACUCAAGACAAAGGAUGUUGCGAUAAUCCCUUACAAGCCUGACGACGCACCCAAAGAGUUUUGGAUUCAACGCGGUGCAAUUCCACGCCGCUUCUACUUGCUGGCCCUCGCCACCGCGAAACUCCUGCGCCCGCGCUUCGACGAGACCCGGGAGAACGGGAUCUGGCACUUGAAGCAGAUGUCGUACUACGCCAAGUUCUCCGAGAAAG